AGAAAUAUAUUUCACCCUCAUGAAAGCAUCUCAAUGCGCAUAAUAAAAACCCUUUCAUAGACUAUACAAGUAUACUAUACUAUUCCUCUUGUUUAUUUUUUUUAUUCUUUUUCUUCUUCUUCUCUCAAACUAUAGGUGAUGCAACAGUAGUUAUUAUGGAUAUUAAUUCCGGUGAAAAUAUCAUGCCGCCGGCGGUGAACGGCGGCGAGGAAGAUGAUAAGAUGAAUAUGAAUAUCAACGGUGGUGGUGGUGGUGGAAAUAGGUGGCCCCGCCAAGAAACAUUGGCUCUCUUGAAGAUAAGAUCAGAUAUGGAUGGUGUGUUUCGUGAUUCAAGUCUUAAGGGUCCACUUUGGGAAGAAGUUUCAAGGAAACUAGGUGAACUUGGUUAUCAUAGAAGUUCAAAAAAGUGCAAAGAGAAAUUUGAGAAUGUAUACAAGUACCAUAAAAGAACCAAAGAAGGUAGAAGUGGAAAAUCAGAAGGAAAAACUUAUAGAUUUUUUGAUGAGUUACAAGCACUUGAGAAAAAAAUCACAUUCUCUUCUACUUACCCUCCAAAACCACUUCCAAAUAAUAACACACUCUCAUUACCACAAACAACAAUGCCUAAUGAAACCACAAAAACAAUAUCACAUGUUACAAAUAUUACUAUUCCAUCCACAAACCCUACCACACUUAUUUCUCCUUCACCACCGCCGCCAACGCCACCACCACAAACAACCAAUGCAACAACCGCGACCAACCCUAGUAGCAACAACAAUGUUUCAUUUUCUUUACCGAACAUGAACGUGAACCUAUUCUCCACCACAACUACCUCAACUUCUUCUUCCACGGCUUCUGACGAAGACUUGGAAGAGAAGUACAGGAAGAAGAGAAAAUGGAAAGACUAUUUCAGAAGACUCACAAGAGAAGUGCUUGCGAAACAAGAGGACAUGCAAAAGAGAUUCUUGGAAGCCAUAGACAAACGCGAAAAGGAACACAUGGCUCAACAAGAUGCUUUGAGAGUUCAAGAAAUGGCGAGAAUCAAUAAAGAACAUGAACUUCUUGUCCAAGAAAGAUCAUCAGCAGCUCAAAAAAACGCCGCGGUUAUUACUUUUCUCCAGAAAUUGUCCGGACAACCACCACCACAACCGCCGCCACCACCGCCACCACCACCAGCGUCAGAGCUGCCUCGAACUCCGGUAUCACAAAUACAAACACAGCAACUGGUGAUACCAAACAACAACAUUGUUGAGAUUCUGAGUAUGAAUAAUGGUCACAAAAGUUCUUGCGAUGUUGCUUCUCCAUCAAGGUGGCCAAAAAGUGAAGUUCAUGCUCUAAUAAGGAUAAGAACAAGUCUAGAACCAAAGUAUCAAGAAAAUGGUCCAAAAGCACCAUUAUGGGAAGAUAUAUCAGCUGGAAUGAAGAGACUUGGCUACAAUAGGAAUGCGAAAAGGUGCAAAGAAAAGUGGGAGAAUAUCAACAAGUACUACAAGAAAAUGAAAGAAAGUAACAAACAAAGGCGCGACGAUAGUAAGACAUGUCCUUAUUUUCACGAACUCGAAGCUCUUUACAAAGAAAAGAACAAAUUACAGAACCCUUUCGGUUCUAAUUCGUUUCAUAGUAUAAAGUCAAGUGAAAUGAUGGAGCCAUUGAUGGUGCAACCAGAACAACAAUGGAGACCUCCAACUCAAUACGAAGAACCUCACCUGGUGAAGAAGAAUAACAACGAAGAGAAAGAAGAUGAUAACGGUGAUGUUGACGAUGAAGAAGAUGAAAACAUGGAUGACUACGAAGACGGAGAUAGCAUGGAAGAAGAUGAAGGCGGUGUUAGCAGCCGUUAUGAAGUUGUAACAAAUAAACUUCCAUCAAUGAACACCGUUGGAUGAGUUGGAUGAGUCCAUCAUCCAUCAGUACUGCAGCUUUUAAGACAGAUAGAUUCUGAAAGAGAAAAUUUCUCUAUCAGAAUCUAUCUGUUUCUACGACUGUAGUACACAAGAGAAAAGUUUAAUUUGGAUUUUAAUUAAAUUAUUUUGUGCAUUUGGUAUAUUACAAGAUGUUAUUGAACUGUAUCAUUGCAAAUAGACAUCAUAUAUAUGAAAGUAUAUGUCACAAA